AAGUUCACAAACUUGUUCAUUUGGAUGCUGAGGUCUUGCGGAAAUGGGCUCUGGACAGCGGGCCUGUGUCCCCCCCUGGGCUCCAGCUGCUGGCGGGGCCGCGGGGCCUCUGGGAGUUUACUUUGCUUCUCCGCGAAACAGGCAUAAGAAAGCUGUAGCAGGGAGCGGACGUGUGGUUCCUGAACCUCGGCGCUGAAGGCAGCUCGGCUUCGUGCACAGCUCUCUGGACAACAGGGGCCCAGAGCUGAUGGCAGACAAUGUCAGCCACUAACAACAUAGCCCAGGCCCGGAAGCUGGUGGAGCAGCUCCGCAUCGAAGCCGGCAUAGAGCGCAUCAAGGUGUCCAAAGCCUCGUCAGAACUCAUGAGCUACUGUGAGCAGCACGCCCGGAACGACCCCCUGCUGGUGGGAGUCCCCGCCUCUGAGAACCCCUUUAAGGACAAGAAGCCUUGUAUCAUUCUGUAGCCGUGUUUUCUGUGCGUCCCCCGCUCUGUCUCCCCCAGCUAGGGCAUCACCCACUACGCAGUCAAGCAGAACAUCUCAAGUCCCAAAACGUUCAGUUCCCAAAGAAAGGCGAACAGCCGCCACCAUGGAUGGGGUAAAAUGUGUCCUCCAGGUUUAGGUGGAUUUUCGAGCCCAACAGCGGCGUCCCCUCCGGGCCCGGCCGGAAGACGCCGGGGGGUGCCGGGCCGCUUCCCAUCAGGAGUAGCAGCAAUGCCCAAGUGAUGCGCUCACGGCUUCCGGAAGCUCUCGGCUGCCGUCGGGGUAGCGGGCCAGAGCUGGCCGGGCCGGGCCUGCUGCCGGAAGGAGGCGGGUGACGUGGCCGCUGCCCCGGGCGUCCGGGCGGGUGGCAAGCCUCACACCAUUGGCCGUCUGUGGAAAGACUGGGGCCGGGCCCAUGCUGCCGUGCGUUUACUGUCUCUUCUCUCCUGAGCCGACUAGAAUUGGGGGGUGCGGGGAGGGUCCAGCGGACCGUUUCGGAAACAUGUCUCCUCCUUGCUUAAGCCGCUGUUACUCCACACGGCGGAGCCCAGAGCUCGGUGGCUGAGCCCACAGCUGCACGUCGUGUGGAAUGCACCCACGGAGGUUAGGGGCCGGGAGGGGGGCUCUGCCUGGGCAGCGCGGCCCGCAUGGCCACGCGUCACCCAGCAGGCGCGCCACAGCCCCCUGCCCUUCCCUGGGAGCCCACCCCUGACGGAGGCGGAUUCCCCGCAGCCUGCCCUGCCCGCGGGCACGGCCAGCUGGGUGCCGGCCUGUCGUGGGCACGAGCGGCCGUGUGGGCGGUUCGGCGCUGUGGUCGUACUGGGCUCUUCUGGGCGGUUGUGUUGCGUCUUGUUUUGUUUUCCACUUUUGCGCAUCGCCGUGGCCGUUUUGCAAGCAGGAGUGCGGCCUGCCGAGGCCCCUGCCUCGCGGGUCAGAAGGCGUCAAGUUCCCGGAAGCAGCUGCAGGGCCUCCGCGGGUGAGAGGCCUAACCCACUCGCACUUCCCUCCCGUGGCUUUUCUUUAAUCGCUUGGCCCCUGUGACGACCUGCACAGCUAAAGGAGCAGGAGGUAGAGGGAGGGCCCGCACACCCGUCCCCCACCCGCCCCACCCCUGCCCCGCGCCCCUGCGUCCUCCACCAGGAGGAGGGGCCGGGGCCUCGUGCCAACCCCCCAUCUUACAGCCAGGGGCCGGGACCUCGUGCCAAACCUCCCCCCGGCCCCGAGCCCCUGCGAGUGCCAAGGCCCAGAUCGCACCAGCGCCAAGGUUUGGGGAUGGGGGGGAUGCGUCCCCAUGCGGCAGGUGACGUCCCCGUGUGGCUGGCUCCCCCAGGGCGCAGGCUGUAGGGUCCAGCCUUGCUCCCCGCUCCCAGCUCUCUCCGGCCGGUCCGGGAGCACCAGGGGCUUUGGGGAGCCCAGCUUCUCCAAACCUGCCGUUGGACGGGGGAGCCACGAGGGCCCAGUGUCCUGGCCACACCUUUCACUGGGCGGGAACCAGCCUCUCACUGUCCCCAGCCGACAGCAAGACAGAACAAAAGCUGUUUGCAGGGGGGAGGCCAGGGCACGGCGGGAUCCGCCCUGAGACUCGGGAGGCUGUCGGCAGAGCAAAGCCGGUCCGGGCCACUUCUGUGAAGAAGCCUUAAUCCCUGGAGCCCAUCCUUCCCCCUGCAACCACCCCCCCCCCCCCCCGGUCCCCGGGCCGCAGGUCCCCAGCGAGGACGGGGGGCCCUGGUCUCGGUGCCCCCCUGCCCUGCCGGCUGUGCCACGCCCAGCCCCACCAUGUGUCCCCACCCCCACCCCCCAAGAGCCCAGCUCAGGGCAGUGCGGUUCAACGGAGUCGGGCAGCCCCAUGGCCCGCUCUGGGCCCAGCCGGCGGCGCGCCCCCCCCCAAGCCCUGAAGUGAACUCGAACUCAAGUCAGAGCCCUGGGGGCCGAGGGGUGUGGGUAAACUAGGCUUAGAGAGGGUGAGGAUGGGCGCGCCUCCACCCCAAAGCCACACCUGCCCGCUGCCUCCCCUAGGGGCCGCCAGGGCCCUCGACCCCGGGAGGCGGCCGUCAGCAGAAGCCCCACCGUGGGUGUCUUUCUAGCUGAGGAAGAAACGCUCCUUUUUUCCUUCUAGAGUAAGUGUCCGUGUCCGUAGUGUAGACCCCGAGCGCCCGUGCUUUCCCUGUGCGCAUCCCGCAUGAAAACCUUGUGUGCACGGUGUGUGCAGGAGCUGAUGGAGGCGGCAGCGCGGGCCUGGGGGAAACCCGCGUCUCUCGGCCACCUCGUGGCGGGCGAACAUGAAGGGCACCGCCCCCAAAACACAGAGUCUGGGUGUCCCCAGGGGGCUGGCAGCCGGGGCGCCUCCCCUCCCCUCCCCCACUCCAGGAAGGAGCUAGAAUGUGCACCCCUCCCCUCAGGUGACCCCCAGGCCAAGAAUAAAGUGACUGGGGGGUGACCUCUGGCCUGGUGGAUGUGAACCGCGGGCGGCGGAAGGUGCUGCCCUUCUUCCUGUGACUCCGGCCACCGUGUCCGGGCGCUGGGCCUCCAGGCAGCUCAUCCAUCUCUGCACGGCCAGGGCCCCACCGAGCUCCCGGGGCAGGAAAGGCUGUCCACCCGCCCCGAGGGCGAGGGACCAGGGGGCAGUUUCCGGGCCAAGGUGAGGCCACCAAAGGUCGCUCUGGUCCUCCAAGAACACUUACAAAAAGCCAGCCUGCCACGGAGCCUCCAGAAAAGCCAUAGGUCGGACACUCCGCCCUCUUCCUUCUCUGUCCGUGGAAACCAUUGCCAAACAUUGCAAAGACCCGCUCCGGUUCGCAGAAGCCAGCCGUGGUCCUAGCAGGUUCUACCCCAUCUCCGUUUGGAUGUUCAGUGGCUUUUAUUUCUGUUUUUAAAAAAAAAAAAAAAAAAAAAAUCCAGGUGUGCCACACCCACUUUCUUGCAGUGUUUUAAUAUUGUGUGGAAUUGUUAAUACAGAGUGACUAA